GGCCGGGUCCAGACGAGUGUAACGUGUAAUGUAAGAUUACGUGUAAUUUAGUAUCAACAGUGUGGACGGCACACGAACUAAAGCGAAUUGUGAACGCGAAAAUAUUUCAAAAGCUGUUUCCACUCAGUUGCUACGAACAUGCCGAAUAGGAAGGUCGUGAUAGCUGGUGCGGCUUUUAUUUUCAUGUAUUUACUAACUGAAGACCGCAAAAGUCGGAAGCGUCGAUGGUGGAAAACUAAUUUGUAUAAAAGAAGAUCUUCUUUACUUGUGGAACUAAAAUCUCAACAUAUAAGUGGUCAAUAUAAAAACUUUACCCGGAUGUCGCCUACUGACUUCGAAUAUUUGUUAACAAUCAUUGCGCCUAAAAUAUCAAGACAAGACACUAUAAUGAGAUCUGCAAUUUCGCCGCAAGAUAGACUGGCUCUAACACUAAGAUUUUUGGCAACAGGAGAUUCAUUUACAAGCCUUCAAUACACCUUCAGAAUUUCAAAACAGUCAAUGUCUUGCAUUGUACCAGAAGUUUGUGAAGCGAUUAUAAAAGCAUUGAAAGAAAACAUUAAGCUGCCAAAAACAGAGUCAGAAUGGAUCCAGAUCUCAAACAGAUUUGAUGAAUUGUGGAAUUUUCCCCAUUGUGCCGGAGCCAUGGACGGUAAACAUGUCAUUCUCGAGGCUCCGGUACAUAGUGGCACAGAAUAUCGUAACUACAAAUCUAAUUUCAGUAUAGUGAUGUUUGCUUUAGUAGACGCGGAAUAUAAUUAUAAAUUUCUGGAUGUCGGAUGUCAAGGCCGCAUUUCAGAUGGUGGAAUUUUUAAGGAAACUGAAUUAUAUAAAAAACUAGAAAAUAAUUCGUUAAGAUUGCCUGCACCUGAAGCACUGCAAGGUAGAAACAAAGUAGUACCAUAUGUUUUUGUAGGAGACUCUGCCUUCCCUUUACAAAACAAUAUAAUGAAACCCUAUCCAGGAGAAUACCCCAAGGGAUCGCCGCGAAGAAUUUUUAAUUACCGGUUAAGCAGAGCUCGCAGGAUUGUAGAAAAUGUAUUUGGUAUCACAGCAUCUGUGUUCAGAGUUCUACGAAAACCUAUGCUCCUUCAGCCCAAAACCGUGGAGACUAUAGUCAUGGCUAUUGCACACUUGCAUAAUUUUUUGAGAAACACGGAUUCAUCUAAAAACUUGUAUGCACCCCCUGGCUCACUUGACAGCGACCAAAACGGAAGAUUAUGUGAAGGUAGUUGGCGGAGAGAUUGUGAAAUGUCAUCUUUACUUCCAUUGAAUAAUGUACCUAGAAGAGCUGCCUCAACGGCAAAACAAAUUAGGGAUGAGUUUAAUGACUAUUUUAUGAACGAGGGUACAGUUUCUUGGCAGAAUACAUAUUGUUAAGUUUUUUUUAUCAAGUCGAAGGAAACUAGUUCAAUGCAGUUACCUCUGUG